UUCCAUGUAAACUCAUCAGGGUGUGUCUUCAGAAGGAAGUGACAGUUGAAUUGCUUUGUUUCUAGAUUGUCUUACAGUGCAUGAAGUCGCCACACAAGAUCCAGCAGAUGAAAUGGCGGUGAGGCAAAGGAUUUUUAACUCGACAUCACCUUUCUCCGGGUCGUCCCAAGCUGAGCUGAAGGGGUCGUACCCGUCCUGCUCCGCUGCAGAGCAGGAGGCAGAGGAGGAGGAAGAGGAGGGGAAGGACAGCAAAACGGGCUACACAGCCCGUUUGAACCCUUUGAUAAAGAAACUCCUGACACAUGGGACCGCAGAGCAAGUGGGCGAAAAGCCCCUGAAGACCUCCACCUUUAUUGCCCAAGCUGAAUGUGAAACCCAGGAUUCCCAAGAGUUUAGUCCAUCCUGCUAUGAACGCUCCUAUGUCCCCUCCCCGAACUGCUUCAUCAGCAGUGUUACCUCAGAGCACAACAACGUGGCGACCACGGCCUCCUCCAUCCAGGAGCCGAACCGCUCGUCCGCUCAGCUCGUGCCAAGAAAGAGGGCGAGGAAGAGACAGAAGCGAAAGGGGAAGAAGAAACUGGAGAGGAAGAAAGAGAGGCAGAGACACAGACAUCGAAUGCCCUCUGGAGUCCCUGAGCAGGAGAGUGGAAGUUUUCUGGUCCGGAUCCUGGAGGAGUCUUCCUGUUGCAGCAGCGUUGAAAGCUCAGAAGAGCGGGACGGAGGGCCCCCUCUCUACAGCCGACAGAUCUACAACACACACUCCAGCUGCUCUCCUCCGACCUGGGGGGAGCCGGUGUGCGUCUCCCUCUCCAGUGUCCACUCCUACGGGCAGGACAGCGACUCAGACUCCCUCAGCAGUUUGGGAGACUGUUCCCUGGCUGUCGCUGGCCUCAGAGGCUGCGUCAGUCAGGGGGACCGGUGCUACGCAGGGCCCUUCUUCAAAGAUGUGGAGCGGGGCGUAAGAGAGGAGGAGGAUGAGCUCUCAGCAGAUGAUUCUGUCACCACUGAGGGAAUGAUCUUUGACAAUGAAAACAUCCAGCCUGUGGACUCUGAAUACAAGGAGGGGAGGGAGUAUGUCCUCCCACAGUUCAUCAAGGAAGGCUCCUAUGGUGAAGUACACAGCGCACAAGAUGUCAACACAGGCUUCAAAUUUGCUGUCAAAAAGAUCGCCCUGAAGAGGUUCAGCAGUGAGGAGGUGGGUGCGUGGAGUACCCUCAGAUCUCCUCGUGUGGUGGAACUCUUUGGAGUGGUCAGAGAGGGGCCGAACGUCAUGCUCUUCAUGGACCUGAAAUCUGGCUCGCUGGGCCAGCUGAUAUCGGAGCGUGGCCGGCUGCCAGAGGACCUGAGCCUCCACUACAAUGGACAAAUCCUAACAGCACUGGAGUACUUGGGGAAGAAAAAAGUAGCGCAUCUAGAUAUCAAAGCUGACAAUGUGUUGCUGUCGGAGGACGGCAGAGACACCUUCCUGUGUGAUUUUGGACACGCAGAGAGACUGGACAAUCAGGGACAGAGCCUCAGCGGGUCCAAAGAUCUGAAGGGCACAGAGACCCACAUGGCCCCUGAGAUUGUGAAAGGUGAACCCCGCGGAGCCAAAGCAGAUGUGUGGAGCAGCUGCUGUAUGUUACUGCACAUGCUCAAUGGGUGCCAGCCUUGGAGCAGAUACUACACCUGUAGACUUUACCUGAAGAUCGCUAACGAGCCCCCGCCCGUGAGAGAGAUCCCCCCCGACUGUAGCCCGCUCACAGCUGAAGUUAUCAAGGCGGGGCUACAGAAGGAUCCAGCCAAGAGAGCAUCAGCAUCUGAGCUCAAAGAGAAAACUGCCAGAGCUCUGACAGAAGUUGGAGGACUCACCAGCCCAGUGAGGGGCCCCUACACAGACCCCCUGUGUGUCUCUGACAAACCUCCUGACUCCCUGCAGCUGAUCAACAGCAGCGUAAACUACGAGGAUGAGGAUCAAGAGUCUGUUGAGAAACUGAUCCCAACAGGGAGGAGGACAAAGGACCGGAGUGAUGAUGAUGAAGAAGAGUGGAAUCAAGACUCUAUUUCCUGUCCACAAACACUGAUCUGUGAGCCAAAAUACAAGAGGGGCAACAAGAUCUCCACUGUGCCUGAACUUGAGCUCCGUAAACUGGAGCGAGACUUUUACCUGAGCAGUCUGUCCCAGCUCCACUCGGUUGAGAUGCAGGAGCAGCUGUUGUCUUGUCUCAGCAGCGACCUGUACUCCACCUGGGAACCAUGGGACAAAAAGGACUCUGGCCGGUGGUCUCUGAGCCCAGCAGACGACCUCAGCUCCGGUGUGUUCUCCUACAGCAGUCAGCCAGACGUGCAGGUUUCCAGUUUGGAUUUGCUGGGUCACACACAACUACCACCACCCUGCUGUUUUGAAGGGGUGGAUGUCUGCAUCAGAGAAUUCAGUGGGAGAAGCAUCCGCAUCAGAGAGACGCGCCGUGUGAAGGUGGGCCACAUCGCCACGGGAAUCAGUGAUCAGAUGUCCGAGAGGGUUUUCACCCUGGAAACCCAGCAGGGCCAGCAGGUUGCUCACGAUGAGGAGGUGCAGGAGUCCGGUCUGGAGCUCAGCUGUGUUCCUGCUCCGGACUUCAGCUCUGCCUGGAGGUGGAGGAUCAGAGACGGAGUGCUGGAGACGAGAUAGAGCCCACUGCUCUCUCCAUCCGUCCACCUCAGUGUCAUCUAAACCGUCUUACACGUUCAUGGCCUUCUGUUUAGCUUUUUAAAUGUUUGACCAUAUGCAAAAAUAUGCGAGGACCAUGCUAUCUGAGGGGUUAAAUACAUCUUCCAGAACUGCCUCUUCAGCACUUGUGUCUCGUGUUUUUAGUACCAAAAUGGGGGCCUGGUUUUUUUAUCUUCAAAGUAAUCAUUAAAAGCCUUAUGAGUCAAUGCUGAGCUUUUUUAACCACUGUGAUGUUUACACCCUUUCUUUGUUUAUGCUAACAUGAGUCAUUAAACACAGCAUAUGAAACUAUGCAGAGUGUU